AUGUACGUCAAUCGCGCGUGGCAAGGUUAGUUCUUUUGUUUUAAUUUUAGGCUGAACAUUUCGUUUCGAUCGAUAUCCUCUUCCUUACUUGUGAGGCUCAAGAUUUGAUAGUUUUUGGCACAAUUGGCUGCCUCUAGUUAGUAUCUAGUCGCGUAGGCUAUGUUGAAUCAAAAUGUGUCGUAGAAGUCAUAGUUCCUCUGUGUUCAUCCUUAUGUCUCGCAGGAAGACGCCCAACUGUGCGUCAAUAUGCGGAGGAAUUCCCGAUGUUGGAUCAAGAAGCGCCUGUGGAACAGGCACAUUUGGAACAAGAUCCCGUGGAACUUGUGGAACAAGUGCCCGUGGAGCUUGAGGAUCAACAGGUCCCUGUCCCAAAACAGAAGCCGGAAGGACCCAAGCGUGGAGGCCAAAUGAACGGCCAAAGCGACAGACAGGACUGGCCGGGAUACAAACCGCCGGUGCCAAUUUGGGCGAAAAGGUACACUCAGUUCGGCUCAGACGACUGGCAGGUUCUAAUGGACCAGAGACACAGGAAGGAGCGGGAAGCGGAUCUCGCCGACCGCACCGACAAGGAGAAUGUGGAGAAGGAGAGCGAAAUAGGUCAGUUGUGAGGAGUACUGCAGAUUGGAUGCAUGUGGGGGGACAUGUCAAGUACCAAAUACACAUCGGUGUUUGCAAAUGAUCACUUUCAGAGCAGCCAGAAAAAGAUGCCUACGACGAGUGGCUCAAGGAUGGAAUCGCACAAGGCAGUGAGUUUGCUCAUAAACCGACCAUUAUAAAAUCAGUUAAUUUUCAGGAAAAAAGCAGGGAUAUCUGGAUGUGCUCGGAAGAUUUCAUGAAGUGUUCCCUCGUGUAUACAUUCAUCCUUGA